AUGUAUCAAACUCAACUUCUUUUCAACUCACCGAAUUAUUAUUCAGCUAGUCGAUGUCAAGUCUUACGUAUACAAGAUGCAUGCUUUGAUAAUAAUAAUCACAAUAAUCAACCUCUAUUGAAGGGUCAUUGUAUUCAUCAAACUGUAUUAGUUUUAGAAAAUUAUUCAAAUAAAGAAAAAGUGUAUCGAUUAAUGUCUCCAAUUGCACAAUAUUCAUGUAUACAAUCAAUGACAUGUAAAAAUUCAAAUAGAAAUUCUUCCAAAGUUAUUGAACAUGCUGAUCAAUUUGGUGUUGCAUUGAAUUCCGAUAUUCAGAUUACAAAUAAUACACAUCGUGAUCUACUGCCUUCUUGGUCAUGGACUACUAAAACGGUGCAUCGAUUCAGUCAAGUAAUUAAACAAAAAUUUGGCACUAUUUCAAAAAUAAAUCGAAAUAAAUAUGACUUGUCAUCCAACAUAACAGCAACAAGAACAACUAACAUUCCUCCUACUACUACUACUAAUACUACUACAACUACUCCUACCACUCCAUCGAAUGAUUAUUUAUUACAUAAAUCAUUCCAAUGGCUUCUUCCAUUACUUACUCUAUUUCCAUCUACCUCACAACAAGUAUCUAAGCAUAUGUUUCAAACACCAUUUCUCAAUUUAUCCACAAUGGAAUGA